CGUGGCCUCGUAAUUGCCGUUUUACUGUUCCUAAUCUGUCCUCCCACUUCCUCGUCGCUCCCGGCAAUCCCCGACCUCCACCUCCCCGUUCCGCCGCGCCGCGCCGCCGAUCUCCCCGUCUCCCAGGACACGGCGCUGCCUCCGGUUCCACGGGAUGGCCUCCGGAAGCUCUGCUGGACGCGAGCCGUACGACGAGGAGGCCGCCUCCCGCCGCCCGCUCGAGCUCGGCGUCCGCGACUCCGCCUCCGCUUCCGCCUCCGACCACCGGUCUGGAAAUAUCAUGCCUAGAUAUCAGGUGGGUUCAAAUAAAGUUGAUACAAGUAAGAAAAACCUGGAGGCAUGGCAUAAGAAGCAAUCUGGUGCAGGUGAUAUACGCAAGAGCAAGUCGGGAUACUUCACGGCAUUCGGGGUGGACCUAUCUCCUGAUAAUAUGGCAGUUGCGAUUGUAUAUUUUGUGCAAGGGGUUUUAGGUCUUGCCCGACUUGCUGUGAGCUUUUACUUAAAAGAUGACCUUCACCUUGAUCCGGCUGAGACUGCAGUUAUAUCUGGCUUCUCAUCUUUACCCUGGUUGAUCAAGCCCAUCUAUGGCUUUAUCAGUGAUUCCAUUCCACUCUUUGGGUAUCGAAGAAGAUCAUAUCUUAUUUUGUCAGGAUUUCUUGGAGCAUUUUCAUGGAGUUUGAUGGCUACAGCAGUGGACAGUAAAUAUGGUGCAGCAUUCUCUAUUCUUCUUGGAUCACUUUCUGUUGCCUUCUCAGAUGUUGUGGUAGAUUCUAUGGUAGUUGAGAGAGCUCGUGGCGAAUCACAAAGUACAUCUGGAUCUCUCCAGUCUCUAUGUUGGGGAUCCUCCGCAUUUGGUGGAAUUGUGAGCGCAUAUUUCAGUGGUUCGCUUGUGGAUACUUAUGGAGUAAGAUUUGUCUUUGGUGUUACAGCAUUUUUACCCUUGAUGACAUCUGCUGUUGCAGUUCUUGUAAAUGAACGUCGUUUAACUCCUGGAGAACAUGCAAUGUCAGUCUCUGGUUCAGGAUUCAUUGAGAGUUCGACACAGCACAUUAAGCAGCUAUGGACUUCUGUAAAGCAACCUAACAUUUUCUUGCCGACCUUGUUUAUAUUCCUCUGGCAAGCAACACCACACUCAGAGUCUGCCAUGUUUUUCUUCAUCACAAAUAAACUUGGAUUCACUCCAGAGUUUCUAGGACGUGUAAAGCUUGUUACUUCCAUUGCAUCCUUGCUUGGUGUCGGAAUUUAUAACUAUUUUCUGAAGGCAGUUCAUCUGAGGAAGAUAUUUUUUGUGACAACCAUCAUAGGUUCAGCCCUUGGAAUGACACAGGUUCUUCUUGUCACUGGGCUUAAUAGGCAGUUUGGGAUCAGUGAUGAGUGGUUCUCCAUUGGAGAUUCGUUAAUCAUCACAGUCCUUGGCCAGGCUGCAUUCAUGCCGGUGUUAGUGUUAGCUGCAAAAUUGUGCCCUCCGGGAAUGGAAGCAACUUUGUUUGCCACUUUGAUGUCUGUUUCUAAUGCUGGAAGUGUUACUGGUGGUCUGGUCGGUGCUGGUCUAACAAAGCUUUUGGGAGUCACUCGGGAAAGUUUUGGAAAUCUACCUCUAUUGAUUAUCAUAUGCAAUCUCAGUUCCUUGCUGCCCCUGCCUCUUCUAGGUCUCCUUCCAGAUGAAGAAGAUUCAGAUAAUGAAGAGACAAAACACAGCUGA